CCUAAUUAGUUUUAUGUGUUUCUAGCUGGUAUAAUGGAGCAUAUCAAAUUGGAUCGUUAUUUGCACCCACACUUCCGCUACUACAUGAGGGAGGUGCGAACUGUUGUUUACUCCCAGUUCUUGGAAUCCUACAAAAGUGUCACAAUUGAAGCAAUGUCUAAUGCAUUUGGCGUGUCGGAGGACUUCAUUGAUAUGGAGCUAUCCCGUUUCAUUGCUGCCGGGAAGCUACACUGCAAAAUUGACAAAGUUGCGGGCGUGUUAGAAACAAACCGUCCCGAUGCCAAGAAUGCUCUAUACCAGGCUACCAUCAAACAAGGGGAUUUCUUGUUGAACCGGAUCCAAAAGCUUUCGCGAGUUAUUGAUCUCUAAACGACCAUUUCUCCCACUCCAGAACCACCAUUCUCGAUGUGUUGUCCUGCUUUAGACGUGGGGUUAAUUGUACUCUGACAAAUUCCUCCCGGAAGAAUUUUUGUUAUUAACUAAGGAUCAACUUGCUUGGUUUUUAGACGUAAAUUUCAUUCUCUGCAGUAUAUUUUACAUUUGCCGUUGAGGUUGUGUUUAUGAGCUUUCUUUUAGAGGUAAAUUUUAUUCGAGUGCAUCUAUGUUGAAUUCCGAAUGAAUGCAGAAAUUGUGUCAACCGAUCUGAUACGUAUGUGAUUUAAUAUGAUAGUUGAUUUGUCUGAUGAGUAAAAUAAAUGGAGCAUG